AUGUACAUUUUGGAAACUAUCACUGCUGCUGAACUUCAAGAUCUACUAGGAAGUAAAAAGUCGCAUCAUGGGUUAAAAGUUAUUGAUGCGCGAUGGGAUGACACGAAAUUAAGGACAUCUAUCCGUGAAGAGUACGAUAAAGAACAUAUACCGUUCGCAAUCUUUUACAAUCACGAGUUAGUGAGCGAUCUUUCGCAACAGACUCCUCAAGCUUUCCCAAAGUUGACCGAUUUUGUACGUUACAUGAACAAAGUAAGCAUUUCUGUUGAAGAUGAUGUUAUAAUAUAUGGCACUGAUCACGCUAGUUUCAGUGCAGAGUAUUGUGCUUUUGUAUUCAAACAAUUUGGACAUGCGGGGAAGGUGCGUAUCCUUCAAGGUGGGAUCGAGGAAUGGAAAAAAUCUGGUUUUUGCACGGAAGACUCUCGUAAAGAUCUCGGUAUGAACGAUAGUUAUUUCAACACCUACACACCGCGUGAGCAUACAAAUUCAUCGGUAUACCAAGUUAAUGUUUCUGAAGUUUUGAGAGGUUUAGACUCUGACAAAAUUCAGAUUGUUGACUGUCGAGAGCCUCAAAUUUUUCACGGAGAGACUUUAGAUAUCUCUUACUAUAGCUCGAAUGAAAUAUUAGUAGAAUUUACUGGCCACCGCCGCGGCCAUAUUCCUGGUGCAAGAAACGUCCCAUUUUCUCUUAUUUCUUCCGCGAAAGAUUCGGAUACCUUGAGACAGAUUUUCUUAGAUUCUGGAGUAGACCUAUCUCGGAGGAUUCUACUUAUUGCACGGGGUGGGAUAAGUCCGGCUCCUUUUAUAUUAUUCAAGCUGAGAAAGUUAGGCGUUGCAUGUGAAGUUAUACGCGACGGAAUGUGUUGCUGGUGCACUGCUCAAGGAAGUUCAUAUCCUCUGAUUUCAUCAAAUGAUUUGCACUACAGUGAGAGAAAGCCAAUUAUAGUAUGGGCUUUACCCAAUAGUCACACAGAUACUCUCAAAUGCUGUUUCAAAAUGCACCCCGAGAUUCAAAUGUACAAAUCCAGAAUAUCCUCGCAUUCAGAUUCAAGCACGUAUGUUGAACAGAGUGUUAGGAAUUCGCUGAGAAAAGCAGCAUAUACUUCUAUCCUAGAAAUACUGAGCAUAAACGCAGGGGUGAAGGUAAAUGUUAUCAUGGAACUAUGUCAUGAUUACAACGAUGCGGAAAUGGAAGAUGCUUGGUUGAAGAGUUUCAAUCACAUAAUUCUUGUCCGGGAUCCUGAAGCAACUUCUGCAUCGAAAUGGAGAACUAGUGUGAGUGGAGUCGAAGUUGGUGAAAACAGUAACGCUCUUUCUUACAAAAACUCAUUUGAGAUCCUUGCAAGAUUGAAACGAAUCAGUGCUAGAUCAUUAGUUUUAGACUCCGAUCUAGACUUGGUCCAAAGUCCGAAAUCGGCAAUAGAGCAUGUCUGUGACUUUGCUGGAGUUGCAUAUAAAAAAUCCAUGUUCAAUUGGGAUUUCAUCCAGAUGGAUGUUGAGUCUGCGGUGAACAACCUAGUAGACUUGGCUCAAGUUUCAAUUGAAGAGCAAAUUGAUGAUAAAUAUAUUUCUCCAGGAAUAUCUGCAAGUACCAUAGAAGUAAAAUCAUAUUACGAAGCAGUAGUUUGGAACUCUAUUUCGAUGAGGAAGAGCUGGCCAAUUUGUCGUCAAGGUCCAUCUUUACAAAAUAAUUUUAAUGUGCUCGUCUGUGACUCAUCAUAUGAUGGUAACCUGGACCCGUUACCAUGUGUGACUGCUUCGUUUUUUUCAGACUCUACGAUUUUUGCUUUUCACCACGAUGAAUUCGAAAUUGCGGAAAAAAAAUGCCCAUAUGUGUUUGAUUUGCCUUUAGUGGUAUGUGGUGAAGUAGGAGCUGUGUUACAGAUGCUACAAAGAAUGGAUGCUAAAAUUUCAAAAGGAUUUAUUUGUGUAGUUCGUGUUCUCAUAAUUACGGAUAGAAUACCGGCGAUGAAAUCAUUAACAUAUCCAGUCUCUAUAAUUCGGUCUCAGGAGGAUGUCGUGUCAAGUAUCUUCAUGCAAGACAUAAUCAAAUCAGUCCUAUCUGACAUUGAGUCAUCGAAGGUGGAGUCUGAAGUCAGUUUCGCUGAAGGCAAUGAAAGUAUCGAUAUCAAUUUUCCGAAUGUGCACUGGCGAGACUUAUCGAAGCUAAUUCAACGUUGCGAAGAAGUGGACAAUAUUGCGGUCACGGAUGUGGAAGGUUCGUACAAGUUGACGGAAAUUUAUGCAAGGUCUCUGAAAGUAGACGAGAUAUUGACCAGAUAUGGGUGCACUUCUGGUGAUCACGUAGCAAUUUAUCUUGAAUCUUCUGCAUCUUCAACAUGGGCAGCCCUUGGCUCCUUAUUACGCGAGUGUAUCUUUGCAGAUGUACCUACUUGGUAUAGAUCGACCGAUCUCGACCGGGUUCUAGGUAUUAUUAAACCCAAAGUAAUCUUGACUUCAGAUGCUCUUUCAAAGAAUAUUUCUGAUACAGAAAAGGCGAGUGUCGUUGUACUAUCCGAAGAAAUGGAAGAUUUCGGAUGUGUCAACAGUAUCAUUAAAGAAAUUCAUCCAACUCUAAAUGCACAUAAUAAACCAGAUUCAGGAGGUUUUUGUGUGCUUACUAGUGGUACCACUGGGAUAUCUAAAGUCGUAUGCUGUCCGCAGGCUUCUCUCACUGAUUCGCAGCCAAUUUUCGAAAAGAUUUUAAGAGAUGGCGAUCGGGUCGGGAGUUUCUGGGUAUAUUAUUAUUUUUUAAUCCCUAUUCUUUCUGGUUGCACUUUUGCCAUCAUACCGUCCGAUUUCUUUCUGAAACCAAAAGAACUAUGCGAAUACGUGGAACAGAAGCAGAUCACGGUACUUUUUUUGACUCCUUCUAUUUUGGAGAGUUGUUUGAUAAAUGUAUCAGAUGAAACUUUUCGGCAGUCUUUUAAUUCUGUGCACACCCUCAUGUUGACGGGAGAACGUUUCCGAGACCAGAUCAAAGAUUUAUUUCUGGCAAAAGUACCCGCUUGUAAGAUAGUUAAUAUAUACAGCACAAACGAAAGUGGUGAUCUCGCUGUUUAUAAAGAUGGUUGCUUUCAAAUUCGAGAAGGUACGAGAACAAGAAUACUUGACGACUCGGGGCGAGCUGUUUUACGCGGCAAUAUCGGCCAUCUUUUCGUGCAGAAACAAGGUUUACUCACUGGUUACUGGACGGAGCAUGGUAAGACCUCCAUAAAAACCGAUUGGUAUGAUACUGGGGAUUUAGUUCGCUGGCAUGGAGGAAAUAAAAUUACAUUUGAAAGCAGAGCAAAUGGCGCACACGUUAAAAUCCGUGGAUUCAAAGUCUCUCCUCGGAUGGUUCAAGAUUUAUUGCUCCAGCAUAAAUCGAUCAAAAUAGCGAAAGUUUCCGUUUUUGGUGAGGAAGAUGGAAUAGAAAUCAGUCUUGUCGCUGCCGUAGCUUUGAACGCGAAUGAAUCAAUAUCAGAGAAUGAGAUUCGUGAGUGGAUGCAGGCGCGAGCUCCGCAUUAUAUGAUUCCAAGUGCUUUUUAUUAUUUAGAUGAUGGGAUUCACACUGCUAUAUCUGGUAAGGAUUCGAAACUUGAUGUCAAUAGUUUGAAACGAAUUUCGGACUUUGCUUCAAAUGACCUGACUGUUGCUGAAUCAGAGUUGGCAAACAUCUGGAAGACGGUAUUAGGUCAACCACAGCUUAAUUUGAAAGGAAGCGAUAGUUUCUUUGACCUCGGUGGAAGCUUAAAAUUUGUCGAACUAGCUGAUGCUAUAUCAAAAUAUCGAAAUCAAGAAGUUCAGGUAGGUGAGAUUCUGUCUAAACCAACCUUAUCAGGAAUGGCAAGUCUCUCUUCAGUGGAUGCUAGGGAAUUUAAUGCAGUAAACGAGGCAGAAAAAUACACUUUCAGCUCAUUGGCUCGUGAAAAAAGCGAAGAAACUAGAAGAAUUAUUUUUGACUCGUGGAAUGCGAAAAGUAAAAAAAACAUCUUAUUAACGGGUGUUACGGGUUACGUUGGUGCAUAUCUGCUGCGCGAUUUCAUUUUAGAUGAUUUCGUCGAUUGUAUCUACUGCGUCAUUAGAGCCAAGGACAAGCAGGAGGCAAAUAAAAGGGUUCUCAGUAUGAGUUCUCGUCGUGGAAUUUCUUUUGGUGAUGGAUAUUCAAAGAAGGUAAUACUUGUUUGUGGUGAUGUUGCAAAGCCAUUGCUUGGUAUCUCUAGUAGUGAAUAUGAAUUUUUGGUGUCUCGUGUCGAUGUCGUUGUCAAUGCGGGAGCAGAAGUUAAUAUGUUGAAGGCAUAUUCUGCACUGGCUGCAGUAAAUGUCGGUGGCACAGUAAAUGUGCUAGAAUUUGCAGCACGAGCUUGCGCUAAGCACGUGUUCACAUCAACAAUGCUACCCCUCCCUGGUGAAGAGGCAACAGGCUAUCGUAAGAGUAAAGAGGUGGCAGAAUUGUUGUGUUUGCGUGCUCAAACUGAAUUAGGUGUCCCAAGUGCGGUUCUCCAACUUGGUGAUAUAGGCAUUUCUACGGAUGAAGGAAGUUUUGCCCCUGAUGACGAUUAUAUUGUGAUAUUCUUACGAGCCUGCGUUUCAUUAAAUUUAUUUCCGCACACGGAUUGGGCCUUUAGUGUUAUGAGUGUUAAUGAUUGCUCUAUAAUGCUAACGAAACUUUCAUUAGAAGGAAAGGUUGAAAGUUUUGAUGGAAAUGCCCGAGAAGUGAAAGGUAAAUUAAUAAGAUUUGAUCAACUGUAUACGUGGAUAUCGAAGGAUAUACCUCUUCACAUGUGUAGUCUAGGAGGAUGGACCAAUGCCGCAAGAAGUGGAGCUGCGGAUGGCAUUGAUGAGCUUAAAAGAGCUCUACUUUUGCUCGAAUCCAUGGAGGUUGAGCUUGCUGCGGAGGGGAUGCGGCUCGAAAGCGGCGAAAAGUCAGGUGAAAUAAAUUUAUGCGUAGAUGAACGAUGGGGUCAGAGUUUGUCAAAUGCAUUACAACUUGAAUCUUUGCUUAUAAAUAGAGACAGUGCGACCAAGAGGUCAGCCCGAACAGUUGCUUAUGCGGCCCUUUCCCAAGGAGAAAAUCUUGUUCCAAUUAACAUUAGUCUACAAGAUAUGACGAGUACUUCGAUUGAGAUAAAAGUUACACAUUGUGGGCUUUGUGGUUCGGAUGACCACCUUAUUUCAGGAGACUAUGGAGACUAUGCCGUAUGGCCGCAAGUAUGCGGCCAUGAAAUUGUUGGUAUUGUGACUCAAGUUGGCAACGCUGUCACACAUUUGAAACCAGGGCAGCGCUGUGGGGUAGGUUGGCAAUGUUCAUCGUGUCAUGAUUGUGAGUGGUGCUUGAGAGGAAACGAACAACUUUGCAGUGAAGUUGUGUGCACUUGCUGCGAGGGUAAUCGAGGAGGCUUUGCAAACCUAGUACGCAUUAAGGACGCUUCAUUUGCCUUCAAUAUACCUAAAAAUUUGGACUCGGCAGAAGUAGCUCCGUUACUUUGUGGAGGGCAGACGGUUUGGACUCCGCUGAAGGAACAAACUAAGCCUGGGGAUCGUGUAGGAAUUUUAGGUCUCGGUGGCCUUGGACAUAUGGCAAUUAAAUUUGCAAAAGCGAUGGGAUGUGAAGUUACAGCGAUUUCUUCUUCUGAGUCAAAAAAGAGAAAAUCAAUUGAACAUGGAGCAAGACACUACGUGUUACACACAGAUAGAGACGCUAUGGCGCGUAGAAAAGGAUCUCUGGACUUCAUUCUCGUCACCAUCGCAACAAACCAAAGAGUAGACUUCGAAAAAUUCUUCCACUUGUUACGACCACGUGGCACUAUUUGUUUUGUCGGUAUGUGUCCGCCAAUAACAGCAGAUGUAUUUUCCAUGGGGUUUACAAUGUGCAACAUAACGACCAGUAAUACGGGGGGGCGCAAAGAUAUGAUAGAAAUGUUAGAUUUUUGUUCGCGGAAUGGAAUCGGAGCUUCGGUGAAGAAAAGACCACUCUCAAAAAUCAAUGACGCAAUUGCUGAGAUGAGAAGGGGUGAGUCUUCGAUUCGACAUGUUUUAGUGAACGAUAUAUAA